AUGACUUCAGCAAUCACCUCUAGCAGCGCCUGGUCCGCGCAACCGCAAAAGCCCUCGAUGGCUUCAACAACCACUCUCCUCUUUCUCGGCAUGGCCACUUCUCUUCUCAUAGCACCCACAGCCGCGCAGUCUUUCCCAUACGUACCUACAGAGAUUCUCAUGCCCGACCCAACCUGUGUCGACGGUAGCGUACCAUGCAGGGCCUCUGAUAUCGCCUACGUUUUCCGACAAACAGCCUCGGGCAAAGUCGAAUUCCGAUCUCUCAACUUUUCCUCCAGCGUCGAUGCCGACGAGGUCAACCUUGACUAUCCGGCAGACAGCACUGCCCUGCCGUUCCUCAAGGACAAAUCCAAGAGCACCGCCUUUGGUGCUGCGAGAACAGCAAAUGGCUCAGUGCUCGUGUACGCAGGAGACUGUGAGACCGGCACUGGCGAUGUCUGGAGCUUCGACGACGAUGAAGGAAAAUGGUAUCGUCGAGGUCUCGAGAACGGCGGUGACACUCGUCGCGCACCUUAUUUCCUCGGCGGAACUGUUGCUUUCUCUUCUAAUCUUGCUCCGGAGAUGGACCAGCCGACUCUUUAUACCUACGGUGGCAUGUGCGCUAGACCUGCGUCUGGAGAUGAUGCGACAGAUUGGCAGAGUAAUGCCAACUACACCAAAUCAAUGCUCAGGCUCGCACCCGAAGACAAAGAUGCUUACACAUCUUACGACAUGAGCGUAGCAUCCAGUGGUGGACCUCGAACGCCUAUCGCAGGCUUUACUCUGACUGGUUUGACGCCCGCGAUGACCAAUAAGUCUGGUACCGUGACGCAGCAGGCGAGCUAUGUGUUAUUAGGUGGACAUACCAAAACUGCCUUCAUCAACAUGAGCACAGUGGCCGUGUGGAACCUCCCGGCCGAGUCGUGGAGUUAUGUGAAUAUUCAAGCUCCAAGCGGCGAUCUGCCGAAAUCAGAUCUUGCUAUCAAGGACACAAGCGGUCAGGCAAGCCGCAGAAGCACUCAGAAUACUGCGAAAAACGUGUACAGCCGCUCUGGACAUACAGCAACUCUGAGUGAAGAUGGAAGCUCUAUCGUUGUUAUUGGAGGUUGGGUCGGUGAUGUCAAUACUCCCGCUGAGCCACAGCUUGCUAUCCUUGAGAUGAGCGAGAUAUAUAGCGGAUGGCAGUGGAAGAUCCCUGAUGAGCAACCUGACUUUUCUGGAAUUUACGGCCAUGGAGCUGCAGUGCUGCCCGGCAACAUGUUGAUGGUUUACGGUGGGUGGGAGUCUUCUACUUCUUCCUCGCGUCUCUUCAAGCGUCAAGCUUCAUCAGGGACGCUUCGCUUCUAUAACAUUACUUCAGGAUCAUGGGGAUCUAGCUAUACGAACCCUUUGAGUGAGUCCUCAUCCUCAGAUGACAACAGCGACGACGCUCCCACGGACAAUGGCAAAGGAUCGAAUGCGAAGCGCCUCGGCCUUGGUCUGGGUCUAGGCUUUGGUAUUGCUGCGCUAAUUGGUCUUAUCAUUGGCGCUCUGUGCUGGUACAAGAGACGCAAGCGACAUAUCAGUGACCGGGACCAAGCAGUCAGAGCGCUCUCUCAAGAUCCUAACUACUACAACAGCGAGUAUCCCGAGAUGGGGGAGACUGACCCCUGGGGACUCGAUAGUGGCACUUGGUAUGGCGGCGGCGCCGACCCUUAUUUUGCUGGCGAGCGAUCACUGGGCUAUGAAUCCAUGAGAGGCGCCCGAAGUGGAAUGCCAGGACUUCAUAUCCCACACAAACCUAUGCCGAGACCCUCACGUGGAGGUUAUGUACCCACGGGAGCUCGACCUGGAAGUUUCCCGGGCCCAAUUCACCCAAUUUAUGAAGAUGAUGAAGAGGAGUCCUACCAUAACCGGGGUUUGUACGACCAUGUCCUAACGCCCACAUCCGAAGUGCCCUCAGAUCCCUUCCAGACUCCGGUCACUGGUAUGGGCCCGAACAAUAUACCCCAUCCCAUAUGCCUUACCCCUGGUGGAGGCAACCGAGCAUCGGCGACCCCUAGUCCCGAAGGCCCACGACAUGACCCUGAGGUUCAGGGUUGGGUAACUGAAGUCGAUGCUGCUGAAGGAUUACUUGCACGUAUGAACAGUCGACGAAGCCAGCACCAUAACCCCCAGAAUCAUGAUAACGCGGAGGGCAUGCCUGGCCGCAUGAACAGUCGUCGGAGCCAGAACCAAGGAAGUAUCGGUCAUGGCCAAGGCCGGUCUUCACCAACACGACACAACUCGAACCGCUCAGCUGCUCUGCGGGAUGAUGAAUCACGAAGCGGAUCUAACUUGUCCGAAUCGGCACGGAGCGCAGCAGAGAGCAUCAAGGCUAAGGCCCGGCAGCUCAACCCUCUAGCUCCGGCCUUUUUGGCAGCUGGUGCUGAGCACCCUAAGCCUGGGAGCUCGUCAUCCGACAGUUACAACACGGCACGUUCAUCGUUCGGUGCUCUUCAAGCCGAGGGACCUUCGCUUCUUAUGGGGAACCAAGCUCACCGGUACGAUGAUGAUGAACCUGGGUCGCCAUCCAAGUCAAAGCCGCGUCGUGGAGGAUGGUUAGGCUCUCUUCGGCGAGUAUUCUCAGGGGCUAGUACCCCGACAUCCUCCCGCGAAGACAUGUCUGGAGUGCGACGUUCAUUCGAUCAGGAGCCUGUGAGCGGUGACUAUGAGCCCGGUCUAGUCGGUCUGCGUGGCGAGCUUCUUAGGCGGAAGAAAGGCCGACAGGAUUGGGAGGGUGUUGACGAUAUAACCCCAGGGCCUGUGAUGUCUGGGGGUUCGGGACUAGAACCUGGGGCUGAAUCCGAUUGGGACAUUGAAAAGGCUGUAGAGCAACGGCUGGUACAGGUCAUGUUCACUGUUCCUCGAGAACGAUUAAGAGUUGUUAAUGGCAACGAAGAGGGAAGUGAUCGUGAGGACGAUGUACCUAUGAAGCCACACACGGCUGAGCUCGUCGAUCCUGAUAAUGAGAGUCAGGCAUCGAGAGGGGACAGUCUUCGAAGGAAACAAGCGGGUCAUUUAUAUGACCAUCCUGCUCUUCGAACGGUAGAGGAGCCUAGAAGGGACGAGGGCGAGAUGGAUCAAACGAUAGCCGAGAAGCAACGGCUUGUUCAGGAUGAGGAUGAAGAACGGCUGAAGCAGGAGCAGCGACAUGAGAAUGAGAGGCAACAAUUCCUGGACGAGAAGCGUGCUGAGGAACAACGUAUAGUGGAAGAAGAAGCUCGACAAACACGGCUCUUGGAGGAGGAGGCUCAACAAAUGCAGCAGAGGGAGGAAGAUGAGCUGAAGAAACGAGAACAACAAGCGCCGCCCUCGCAAGAACAACCUGCAUCAACACUACAACAACCGAAACCCUCUUACCUCCAACCCGUCCAUCCUCUCUUCCAGCGCCACUCCCCCUCACCAUCAACCUCACCUUCUCCUCCACCGUCUCCAUCGCCAUCACCCAGUCGUCACCGACACAGCAGACGGCACACACGCGACAACUCAGGCAACUCGGUCGCCGGCUUCCUACACCAUCCCGACUUCUCUCCUUUGGAGCCUCGCUUCUCUCAUUCAACAGAUGACACAGGCCAUCGCUCCUCUGGCGUCCUCAUGGAAGCCCAGGCUGUUCCUAUAACAAGGGAGCGCGCAAGGACGCGUGUUCUGGCUAUGGUGAAUAGUUUUGAGAGCUUGAGUCGCGAGAACAGCCCAAGUCCAUCGAAAUUCACAUGA